AAUAGUGAAGUAUAUUUCAUAGAAUAUUGUAUUGUAGUCUAUUCAAUUUGAAUAUUUUGAGUCAAAUUAAAUCAAUUUAUGAACUCUAUCUAUAUCACACUGAUAUAAUUCGAGUUGAACCAUUACGGUGCCUAGUACUUACUGGGCGAUGGAUUAAAAUGAUAUCUAAUUGUGUAUAUGUAAAUAAUUUUUAAAUUCCUAAAAUCUAAAGUUGAAAGAAACCUAGUUCAACAUGAAACCUGAAAAUAAAGAAGCAAAACCCGGCGAUGGAAUUCGGUCAAUGCAAUCGUCUACAGCAUUUCGAGUUAUAAAUUUUGAACUAUAUGCAAAACCUAAUAUGGUUAUCAUGGCUUUAGGAGCUACAUGUUUUGGUCUGGCUCUUGGAUAUAUGGCAUACAUGAGAACUAAAUAUGAAUCAAUGGGAUAUUACGCAGCUGUUGACAAAGAUGGUAAAGAAAUAUUUGAAAAGAAAAAAUCCAAAUGGGAUUAACUUGAAUAGUUUAAUAUGAGAAAAACAAGCUAAGCAUGAAGAAUAUUUAUAAUGAACUACUACUAAAUAAACAUUGGAAAUAAGGUCUUUUUUAAGGGGGGAAAAUCAUCGA